AUGGAUGAAGCAGCUUUUCAAAAGAGCUCCUCUAAACGAGGACUUGCCUUGAGUAUGGCGUUCGUGCUGUUCGGUUUUAUCGGUUAUAUACUAAAUGUAUCUGCAGAAACCGUUUGCACUCGGCAGACACUGCCACAAGCGUUCGUUGCUGCUGAAAAUCGAGUACUAAAAAAUGCCACCAUCUGGUCAGGUUCGGCUGGUAGCCGUGUCACUUGCGUCAGCAAGUGUCACUCGUUACCUGCGUGCAAAUCGGUCAACUACUAUCCACUCAAUCGAGUAUGCGAUCUCAACAAUGCCACACGAGUUGACGUCCCGAGUAAGUUCGUCGUAGACAACGCCAGCGUGUACUUCGAUGGUAAUGGCGACACACCUAGGUUCUCCGUAGCGACUAGCGAUCACAACGACGUUCAUACAACCGGAUUCUCUGUCACACUGGAGCCACGUUACAGCGAUUGCCAGAGUUUACUGGAGGCAGGUUACAGUGUGAGCGGUAUCUAUACGAUAUUCCCCGCGGGAUUCGCUGAUGGUCUAAGGGUGUACUGCGACAUGGAGACCGACGGGGGAGGCUGGCUUGUCAUUCAGAGGCGUCAGGAUGGCAGUGUCGACUUCUACCGCGACUGGGCUGACUACCGCGUGGGCUUUGGGGACUUGGCUGGUGAGUUUUGGCUCGGCAACGACAAGUUGCGCAUCUUGAGUAAUUCUUCUGGAUCUUGGGAUCUUAGAAUCAAUUUGGAGGACUGGGAUGGCAACACAGCCUGGGCUGAGUACGGAGGGUUUCAAAUCCUAGGACAGGAUUUUCGUUUGAGUUUUGAUUCGUACAAUGUCCAAAGUACUGCUGGAGACUCCCUUGCCUGGCACAACGGUCAGCUCUUUUCAACAAUAGACAACGACAAUGACCGGUAUUCUCAUCGUAACUGUGCAGUGGAUGAGCAAGGAGCUUGGUGGUACAGGACAUGUUCUUUGUCAAACUUGAACGUUCUACCACAAAGCAUCGCUUGCAAGAUGGAGGAGGUACGGUUUUUGAGUCGCUCAAGUAGACAGGUACUUGUCACCUGUCUUGGGUUUUAUGCUUUCUUUUUAAUCUUGCCGGCGUCUCAAGGAAGCUCUUGUGGUCAUGCACUCUCACAGGAAUUCAGUGCUGCUGAAAAUCGAGCACUGGGAAACGCCACAAUUUGGUCGGGUAGAGUUGGUACUCUUGUCGGCUGUGUGAGUCGGUGCCACUCUUGGCAAACUUGUCAAUCAGUCAAUUACUUCAAGAACAAUCGCAGGUGUGAUCUGAACAACGCCACACGAAUCGAUGUCCCUGCAGAUAACUUCGUUGCAGACUACGCCAGCGUGUACUUCGAUGGUAAUGGCGACACACCUGGGUUCUCCGUAGCGACUGACAGCGAUUGCCAGAGUUUACUGGCGGCAGGUUACAGUAUGAGCGGUAUCUAUACGAUUUUCCCCGCGGGAUUCGCUGAUGGUCUGAGGGUGUACUGCGACAUGGAGACCGACGGUGGAGGCUGGCUUGUCAUUCAGAGGCGUCAGGAUGGCAGUGUCGACUUCUACCGCGGCUGGGCCGACUACCGCGUGGGCUUUGGGGACUUGGCUGGUGAGUUUUGGCUCGGCAACGACAACUUGCGCAAGUUGAGUAAUUCUUCUGGAUCUUGGGAUCUUCGAGUCGAUUUGGAGGACUGGGAGGGCAACACAGCCUGGGCCGAGUACGGAGAUUUUCAAAUCUCUGGACAGGAUUUUCGUUUGAGUUUUGAUUCGUACAAUGUGCAAAGCACUGCUGGAGACUCCCUUGCCUGGCACAACGGUCUGCCCUUUUCAACAACGGACAAUGACAAUGACGGGUAUUCUCAUCGUAACUGCGCAGUGGAUGAGCAAGGAGCUUGGUGGUACAAGAAAUGUUCUCGGUCAAACUUGAACGGUAUGUAUUUUAAUACGUCCUUGGAAAUACCAGGAGACUUUCGAGUCAUUGCAUGGAAAAGAUGGAGGGGUUUUAUUUAUUCCUUGAAAAGUUGCAGUAUGAAGGUCCGAUUGGCAGUGUAAGGUAGUUAUU